AUGGUAACUACGAGGAAUAUUAAUGCAGUAUAUGGGAAUCGGGCAAUAAACAUAAGUCAGUGUCAACAGUUGUUCCAGAAAUUCCGAGACAGAAAGUACAGCCUUGAAGAUGAGCCUCGUCCUGGAAGAUCUGUAGAGCUCGACGAGAACGUCCUGCAAGCCCAGGUAGAACAAAAUACCAUCGUAAUCAUUGAGGAACUAGCAGAGAAGCUUAGAUUUGACCAAAGAGUGACUGAGAAAGAUGAGUUGGUUCUUUAUAAAAAUGUCAAGCGCCGAAGACAGUGGGUAAAGAAUCGAGAAACACAAGUAUCCCAAACUAAAGAAGGUUUUAACUCACGUAAGGUGUUAUUAACUGUUUGGUGGGAUAUGAAAGGUUUAGUUCAGUUUGAACCUUUAUACCUGAACAAAACGAUAACAAAGGAGAUCUACUGCGAGCAGCUUGAGCGGCGAUACACGAAGGAAAUUGUGUCUAAACAACGUUAUAAUCCCAAUGAUGAAUUGAAUGCAGCCUUUAUCGCAGCAUUGGGAAAAAUAUCCCCUGUUAUGUUGCAGGAAAUGUCUCAAGAGAAUAUUGUGUUGCAUAGUAUUAUGCAGCUACGAUGA